AGUGAUGGGAAUUUGACAUAUUAGUAGCCUUUGGCAAAUGCUACUACAACACACUUUCUAGUACUCAAGUUGCAUAAAGCUACCACUUUACUCACCUCCUCUCCCUCUAUAUAUUCAAUCAAUAUUCCCAUUUCUACACCUUUUCAUUUCUCCUACACAACAAUCUCUUCUCCUCCCUCCUCCCUUCUCUCUGUCAUCACAACUAUCACCACCACCAGCAUCGACAUGUCGGAUAAAAAAUGUAGUCAUCAUAAGAGCAAGAAGAAGAAGAUCGUCCGACGCUGUUGUGCCGGACUUUUGAUCUUCCUCUUCUUAGCUCUUCUCGCCAUCCUUAUAGUAUGGGCCGUCUUGCAGCCCAAAAAACCUCGUUUUAUCCUCCAAGACACCACUAUCUUUACUUUCAACGUAUCUGCUCCCAAUAUCUUUUCCACAUCCAUUCAGACAACGAUAUAUGCACGUAACCCUAAUAAAAGAAUCGGUAUAUAUUACGAUAACAUGCGUAUAUACACAACGUAUCAUAAUCAACAAAUUACGUAUUAUACUCAAAUACCCUCGGUGUAUCAAGGCCGUAAGGACGUUAACAUAUGGUCCCCAUUUGUCUACGGAAAUAACGUCCCUAUAGCUCCGUAUAACGGGCCGGGCCUAUCCGAAGACCAACAAAACGGUGGCGUUUGGUUGGAUUUUAAAAUUGAUGGACGUGUAAAGUGGAAAGUGGGCACAAUUACAACGGGCCAUUAUCAUUUACAUGUCACGUGCUCUGCAUAUGUGCCAUUUGGUGAUCGGCCCGGUGACCAGCCCGCUUACGGAGGGAUCAUGGUGGGGAAUAACGCCGUUAAGUAUCAGCUGGCUAAGGACUGCGACGUUAGCGUUUGAAGUAACCAUCUCAAGUUUGUUUUGAAUUCUCUUCUCUUCUUUAUUUUUUUUUUAAAAAAUAACUAUUUUUAUUAUUUUUAAUUUUAAUUGAUGUUUUGUUUCCUAUAUAGUCUGAUGAAAUUUGUACAUUUUAUUCUAAAAAAUAAAAUUUUGGGAAGGAAGGGGAAAAUUGGUUACAAGUUGUAAUUUACUACAAUAUUAAUUAUCAUAUUAUUGUUAUUUUUAC